AUGACGCUCACAUCUGCUUUUUCAUCUCCCUCGCUUCGGGUCCCGCUCCCAACUAGGAGCGUACCUCCGGAUCUUCCUCCUGCAGUCUCGACGCCUUAUACCAGGACCGAUGGCGUCGGCAGUAUUGUCGAAGUUACGGUGACUCUACCUCCUCUAACGUCGUCUGGUCCAGACGACGCCAUAUCUCGCACCGUGACUGCAACUCAAAGUCAAGACAGUGUCAAUGUCAAUAAUGUUGUUGAAGUCACAGUGACUACGCCAAAUUUUUCGAACCUGAUAUCUCGUACCGUAUCUGCUUUGAUGCUACCACCUCGCAAGCUGUGGAUCAAAUCCCACAACCAACGAAUGCAUCAGAAAGCCGUCCCGGGGGUCCCACAAGAGAAGCAGUCGCUGGACUCAGUGUAG